AUGCAUUUCACGGUAUACUUGUCGUCAUUACUGUUACUAGCAAUUACGUCGUUCGGUCAAAAUGGGAUACCAUUCAAUGUCGGUCGGUUCAAUAAGUACGUUGUCAUUAAUAACAGGGUGAAUUACUUCGAGGCCUGGCGGGGUUGUCAAUAUUAUGGCCAACAGUUGGCCUCCAUCACCACCCGGGAAGAAAACGAAAUCCUGCGGGAGCUCCUGGAUAUGCCGGAACAUGCCAACCACACGUACUGGAUCGCUGGAACGGACGUCGGCCGGAAGGGAAGUUGGAUCUGGAUAACCAACAAUGAACCGGUGGUUCUUUUCACGAACUGGGGACACGUCGGUCCGGAUAUGUCCCAGAGGCAGAACUGUAUGACCGUCGGCCGAUUUGCGGAUGAUCGGACCAUGUGGGAUGAUGUCGAGUGUGACCAAAAUAUGUACUUUAUCUGUGAGCGUAUUCCGCGCAAGCCAAUCAGAUAUGUUUCGUGA